AUGAACAAUGAAAAUGUUGGUUAUUCACAACAAGUCUAUUCAAGUGGUAGUAGUCCAUUUGGUGGUGAACUAUUUUCUCCAUUUCCCACUGAGUUUGUUAGUCAAGAAAUAUUACCAAUUUGCAACAGUGAUUAUAUAGCAUUAACAAAUUCUCAUAAUGAUUCUUAUCAUCAAGCAGCAUUGGCUGCAGCUGCAGCAGUUUCUCUAACAAAUUCGGACAGUUCACCAAAUUCUUAUAAUUCACAUACCAGCGGAUAUUCGUCAUCCGAUUAUUAUGGUAAUAGUUAUGAGAAAAAGACACUAUCAUCUUCAUCCAAUUAUGAAACAACAGGUGGAUCGACGGCAUCAACGUCAACUACGAACAGUGAACAUCAUUUACAACGUCUCUAUUCCAGUGUUUGUAAUAUAAAACAAGAAUCACCAUUCCCAUCCACGCAUACUGAUCAUCAUUCACAGCAUACCAACAAUAUUUAUACAACAUCGAACGGAGGAAACGUUAAUUCUGCAACAAAUCCAAAUUUUGGCAUUGUUGAUGACUAUUCUCUUUAUCCAUAUUCGUCCUAUACAUCUGGAUUAUUGCAGCCAAAUUAUUCAGCAUCUCCUUAUGGAAUCUCACAUUCGGAACAGAUGAGACAUAAUUUGUACAGUUCACAACUGAAACAUGAUUUUGGAAUCGAUAUGAGAUUUAAACUUGUUGGAAACCAAAGAAAUUCGUCUAAUAGUGAUGUACCACCGAGUCAACUAUGUGCUGUUUGUGGCGACAAUGCAGCUUGUCAACAUUACGGUGUACGAACAUGUGAAGGGUGUAAAGGCUUCUUUAAGCGAACUGUACAAAAAAAUGCAAAAUAUGUAUGUCUUGCCGAUAAAAAUUGUCCGGUUGAUAAACGUCGACGUAAUAGAUGCCAAUACUGUCGUUAUCAAACGUGUAUAGCCGUUGGAAUGGAUAAAGAAGUUGUUCGAACAGACGCUUUGAAAGGUCGUCGAGGUCGACUGCCAUCAAAACCAAAAAGUCCCAAUCAUCGUUUACAACCAAAUAGUUUUCAAACACAAUUUUGUCGUUUUUAUAAUGAUUCCACGCCAAAUGCAACCGGUUUGGACUUUAGUAAAUUGAACUAUCGAACAGUGACAAAUAAAGAAAAUAUUUGCGAAGAAAAAACGAUUGUUUAUGACGGUUUAACGAGAUCAUGUGAAAUUAUAAAAACAUGGACCGAUAAAUUAUGUUUGUUUUACUCCAUAAAUCCAAGUGAACGUGAUAGAUUAUAUUCAAAUGCAUUAUUGGAACUAAUUGUAUUGAGAACAGCCACUCGAAUACAAGAUAACGAUCGAAUUAUACUCUGUUCCGGUGUUGUAUUCCAUAAAUCACAAUUAAAUUGUUUACUGAGUGAUGUUGCCCACCAAUUAUAUGAAUUUAGUUCAUCGUUAAAAAAUUACAAAUUAGAUAGCAUUAUCAAUGCAUCAUUAGCAACAGCACUUCUAUUGGACCCGAAUAAUCAUGAUUAUCUGUAUGAUACCCCAUUAUCAACAUCAAUUACGGAUUUACAUCAGAAAGUACUUGACUCAUUCAAGGAAUAUUUGAAACAAUUACACGAAGAUCCAUUAGUUUAUACGCAUUUAUUAGAUAAACUGAACAAUGUCAAGAGAAUAGCGCAUAAUUUAAGAAAACGUUUACUGUUAUACAAACAAAGUGCAGGAUUAAUCCAUAACGUUCACACUCUACUAGACAUGGUACUUCAUCAAAAACCCAUUACCAACAGUAUACAAGAUUGGCAAAAAAAUGAUCAACCAUCCCAACAACAACAGCAACCACGUGUUGAAACUUCCACAUUACCAUUUUGUCAUCAAUAUGAUUUAUAA